UUCCUCGAAUGAAAAAAAAAAAAAAAAUAUUCGCAAAAUUCCCGGUUCAACGUCAUCUGCAACUGUAUGCAGUCGGUGUUAGGCCGAGCUCAGUCGAGCUGAUCCGGGCGGCGCCGAGUCCAGCCGGGCGGCGCCGAGCCGAGCGUAAUCACGCAGCUAGUCCGCGUCGCCUUAACGAUUUCGCCAUUCUCACUCGUGUGCGAUUCACACAGCCAAUAGUUCCUGGAUGUGUGUGUGUCCGAGGCCGCGGUAACGCGCGCGCACACUAAUACAGGUGAAAAUACUGGAGACAGAGCGCACCGGGCACUGGUGUAGCCGGCUUUAUACGAUGAUAAAAGGAGAGAGAGAGAGAGAGAGAUAUGGACGAGGGGUAAGGAACGAGGCGGCACGCUCGGCUCGGCUCGGCGUCGGUACGCAACGAAAUACCCGAGCUGUGGGAGCAACGUACAGUACAAAGCGGAGCUGCUUCCUGCCUGGAUCGUAGCGUCGCAGAUCAUAAUUUAACGUUGAUUUAUAUUAUUUAUAAUUAAGACAUUAAUAUUGUGGUCAUCACAGCAUUUGCGGGGGCAACAAGUUGUUGAUUAAAAUUCAAUUGGUUUUUUGACGAAAUUUUAUGUACAUAAAGGCUCGACCUUUAUCGCCGGAACGGAUCUGUUAAUUGAGCGAAUCAAUUUUUUUUUAAUUGAAAAGUGAUUACUCGAAAAUAAUAAUCAAAUAAUAAUCGAUUGAUUAAUUAUUCUCCCAUGUCCCCCGGAUGAUUACAUUGUAACAAUAUUAUAUUGUAUAUCGGUGAAUCGAAUCCCAACAAAUGGAUCUGGAGAGACUUAUUGCUGAGGUGAAGGCUCGUCCCGCUAUUUGGGAUCAGAAGAAUAAUCAUUAUCACAAUCGUGAUGUCAUCCUCAAAAUGUGGGGUGAAAUAGCGAGGGCAUGCGAUGUAUCGAGUGAGGUAGCUAAAUCAAAAUGGAAGCACUUGCGCGACAACUUCCGAAAUGAACUGAAGAAGACUUACCGAGGUAAGCAGACCUGCGACGGUGGUUCACCAUCAGCUGUUGAGCACGAAUCAAAGUGGGUCUGGUUCAAGAAUUUGCACUUCCUGCGGGAUCAGAUGAAUUCACGUGUCAUUGGAUGUAACAUAAGCCAAGCUGGACAUUACGCUGCCUCCCUGGAGGAGACGCAGAUAGAACCGCAGAUCGAUAUCCUCGAGGGCGAUGGAGAAGCGCACUUUGACGAUCUCGUUGACGGUGACUCAUGUCAAUCAAUGCUCACUGGUGAUGAUGUUAUACAACAGGGUGGUAUGUCCCUUCGAAAACGUGGACGACUGUCGAGGAAACGAGUACUCGUGGAUCCACUCGACUGCGAUUAUCAGAGUAUGGAGCGAAAGCGAUAUGAAGUCAUUCAGAGGCGUCUCACAUGUCACGAUGACAAUGAUGAUGACACUUAUCACUUUCUUAUGAGUGUGAGAAGUCCCAUGCGGAGUCUUCCACUCGAGAGGCAGAUGUACGUGAGACUGAAGAUACAGGAGCUCAUACUCAAUGAAAUAACUUCACUCCAGCAGGAUUCCAAGCAUCAUCAUCCUGCUAGCAGCAACACCGAGGGACAAAACUGCUCACCACAACCUGGAAACACCGAUUAUUUUAUGUCAUAAGAUUAGAAGCUUUUGAUUGUAUUAUUUUUACGCUGUAUAACUUGUGAUAUUGAUAUUAAACCGAAUGAAUACUCGAGAAUUAAAACAAAAA